CUCAUGUUCACAGAACAGCUGGAUCAUCUGUCUGUAACAGAGCAGGGUUUUUCCAUCUGGGCAGUGGGCGUUGGGAAUGUAUACAGCCCUUGCCUUCGGGCCUUCGGCAUUACAAAUAAGCUAAUGAUAACAACCACAACAUAUAGAAGAAGUCAAACCACAGUUUUAUACUAGUGUUGUUUUACUGAAGCUGUAGUUUGUUUGAACAGCUGUACGACAGAGAGGGGGAGGGAGAGACAGACGGACACAGAAGGCGGUGCCGGCGGACCACACUUCUGUAGAGUUCACCUCCUCAGACUGGAGCAGAAGGAAAAGUGCUUCUCCUCACCGGGACUCCAGCUUUCACUCGGCAGAAAUGACACUCUGGUCGUUGCUGUUGUUUCCAGGAGUUAUCAUCUGUGCUCUUCUCCCUCUGACACAGUGUGAGGAGCAGCGGAUCCCUGAAGAGAAACUUCUUGUCGUGACAGUUGCAACCAAAGAGACAGAUGGCUUCAGGCGUUUCUUGAGGUCGGCUAAACACUUCAACUACACUGUUCAGGUUCUUGGUCGGGGUCAGAAAUGGAAAGGAGGCAACUACACAUCCGCUCCAGGAGGAGGCCAAAAAGUGCGACUUUUCAAAGCAGCUGUGGAGGAAAUGAAGAAUGAGGACAGAAUCAUCCUUUUCAUUGACAGCCAUGAUGUGGUUUUUGCCUCGGGUCCUAAAGAGCUGCUCAAGAAGUUCCAGCAGGCCAGACACAAGGUGGUGUUCUCCUCUGAGAGCCUGAUCUGGCCCGACAGACACCUGGAGGACAAACAUCCUCACGUCAGGGAGGGCAACAGGUUCCUGGGCUCAGGAGGUUUCAUUGGCUACCUCCCCAACAUCAGAGAACUGCUUUCUGACUGGACAGGUGAAGACGAUGAGAGUGACCAGCUGUUCUUCACCAAGAUUUACAUUGAUCCAGCAAAAAAAAAUUCCAUAAAUAUCACACUGGAUAACAAAUGCAGAUUGUUCCAGAACCUUCAUGGAGCCCUCGAUGAGGUGGUACUGAAGUUUGAGGAUGGUCGUGUACGAGCCAGAAAUGUGCUGUAUGAUACCCUGCCUGUCAUCAUCCAUGGGAAUGGACAAACCAAACUCCAGAUCAACUACCUGGGUAACUACAUCCCCAACACUUGGACAUUUGAGACUGGAUGCACAGUGUGUCAUGAAGAUCUCCACCCUCUCACAGCUCUUACGGAGAGUGAGUAUCCACUGGUGAUGAUCGGCAUCUUUAUUCAGCAGCCCACCCCCUUUGUCGCAGUGUUUUUUGAACGCCUACUGAAGCUGCAGUACCCCAAGAACAGGCUCAAGCUCUUCAUUCACAGCCAGAAAGCUCAUCACGAAGGUCAGAUCAGCGCUUUCCUGCAGGAUCAUGGAAGCCUUUAUAAGGACGUCCGGCUCUUCGGGCAUGAGGGGGACAUGGACCGAGCUGCCUCCCGUAACCUGGGCUUUGAUAUGUGCCGGAAGGACAAGGACUGUGACUACUUCUUCAGCCUGGACAUUGAAGUGGUCUUAAAGAAUGAGAACACACUCAAAAUUCUCAUUGAACAAAACCUUCCUAUUGUAGCACCGAUGAUAACUCGACCUGGUCGACUGUGGAGCAACUUCUGGGGAGCUGUCAGUGCAGAUGGCUACUACGCCAGGUCAGAGGACUACGUGGACAUAGUUCAAGGACGCAGAGUGGGUGUGUGGAAUGUCCCGUAUGUGUCCAAUGUGUACCUGGUGAAGGCCAGCAUCCUCCGAUCAGAGCUCACAGACCAGAAACUGUUCAACUCGCACAUCUUAGACCCAGACAUGGCUUACUGCCACAACGUACGCAACAAGGGAAUCUUCAUGUAUGUAACCAACGUGCACAGUUUCGGUCGUAUCCUGUCAACAGAGAACUAUCAGACCAACCAUCUUCAUAAUGAUCUGUGGCAGAUCUUUGAAAACCCGGAGGACUGGCAGGAGCGCUACAUUCAUGAGAACUACACACACAUCAUGAAAGAUAAGCUGAUUGAAACUCCUUGUCCUGAUGUGUACUGGUUCCCAGUUUUCUCUGACAUAGCUUGUAGCCACCUUGUUGAGGAAUUGGAAAACUUUGGGAAGUGGUCUGGAGGAGCCAAUGUGGACACCAGAAUCCAAGGUGGCUAUGAGAAUGUCCCCACCAUUGAUAUCCACUUGAAUCAAAUCAACUUUGAAAAGGAAUGGCAAAAAUUCUUACUGGAGUAUAUAGCACCGAUAACAGAGAAAAUGUAUCCUGGUUACUACACCAAGUGUGCCACUCCCUUGAACUUUGUGGUGAGGUACAAACCUGACGAGCAGCCGCUGCUUGUCCCUCACCAUGACGCCUCCACAUUCACUAUUAACAUAGCUCUCAACAGCAAAGGCAUUGACUACCAGGCUCAGUUUGACUUGGCCUUUGUAGUUAGAUAUAAACCAGAUGAGCAGCCCUCUUUGAAGCCACACCACGAUGCCUCCACAUUCACUAUUAACCUUGCACUCAAUCAAGUGGGCCUUGAUUACCAGGGUGGUGGAUGCAGGUUCCUCCGCUACGACUGCGCCGUAGAUGCUCCUCGUAAAGGCUGGGCCCUCAUGCACCCGGGCCGCCUCACCCACUACCACGAAGGCUUGCCAACCACCGCCGGCGUCCGCUACAUUGCAGUCUCCUUUGUGGAUCCCUGAAGAUGACGACACCCCACCAGCUAGUCCAGACCAAAGGGGACAAACGCUCAAUCACAGCUGCUCUGUAUCGUCUGGUUUGGAGUGGUGGUUUUUUUUCUUUUAAAGUCCAACAUGACCAUUUCUUUCUUAUAGAAUCAUACACAACUUAUGACUCUCAUCAACCUUUAUCAGCAGUGGAGUUUCAGAGAUCUAUAAUGUAAUGACACCCAUUGGAACAAGAACAUGUAGGUCAUUAAAAUACAACUGUUUUCUUUCUUUUUUUUCAUCGAUCUAAAGACUGGUCUGGAGCCUGCUUUGCCUCUAGCUCCACGUUUCUCAGGAAAUCACCAGUUCAGCUCAGACUUUUUAAACAUGCUUUUGUAAAAACCUUGUGUUGUUGAAUUUACUUCCAUAAGUUACAUAAAGUGCCUUUUUAUACUCAGAUCUGUUCUUUAGAUUUUUUAUUGAAGUGAAAUACUCCAAAACCUGGUAUGCCUCUUAAUUUAUUUUUAUUUGAUAAAACCCACUCCACUAUUUUGUGUAUUUGCAUUCUCACUGCUGUUUGACAGAUUCUGUAUUCCUCUGCUUUCACUGAGGUCAGUCAGCUGAGUUUCUGGUCUGAGUAACAUUCACACUCACUGUGCUUUAAACACAACUUGAAUAAAACAGUUUACCAAA